GCAAACCCAAGCUCUGGGUUUUCUCAAACCACCAAGAAAGUGAUGAUCGUCGCCGUCGAUGACAGCGAGCACAGCGCCUACGCGUUGGAGUGGACGCUCAAUACCUCUGCAAACCCAGGCUUUCGAUUUUCCCAAACGGCGGAGAAGCGAGUGAUGAUCAUCUCCGUCAAUGAUGGCGAGCACAGCCCAGGUGUGAGUGUGGAGUGGACGCUCGAUCACUUCUUUGUUCCUCUAGGUGAUAGUGCCUUGUUCAAUCUCGUCAUCAUUCACACCAAACCUUUCGCUACUAUUAUUUUCAGCCUUCUUCUUCUUCUCUCAAACCCAGAUCUGGGUUUUUCCCAAACCCAGAUCUAGGUUUUUCCCUUACCCAGAUUGGCCCGAGAAGAUGAUAGGCUCGAGAAGAUGACCUGAUGAUAGGUCAUCAAGUCCAGAGGUAGGCAGCAACAAGCGAAAGUACGAGGACCAGACCCCUCCGUCGUCCAGUGGAAGGAGGCCCACCGGCUUCUCAUCUCUAGAUUUGGUGCCUCGCUCUUACAAUAGCGUUCCACCGCCUCUCGAUGGCAUUAAGAUGGCUAAGCAGCGUGCUCAAGAGGUCACGGCUCGCCUCACUGCUGCAUCUACUCUUGCUGACGCCAAGCGUCCUCGCGUCGAGAACGGUUCUAGCGAUUUUGAUAACGAAAAGGCUUUAGUCCUGCUCCAUCUGGCAUUGUCUUCCAGCUCUUGCUCAUUCUCUACUUAUAAUUUCUUCUACUCUUCCCAUUUAUCAUAUGUGUUUUUAUUGAUAGUGUCAGUUGAUUGAUUGAAUCUUACUAGUUUUUUGCAUUUGAAGCUUUAGUUAGUGUCUAUCACAAACGUGCAUUAUUUUUUUUCCUGGAUUAAGGAAUUUUGUUUAUUAGCUACUAAUUAUAAAUUCUGCUGGUUUCAUUCGAUUGUUUUUUAUUGUAUGAGUGAAGUGCUUUACUCUUGCUAGGUUGCUGUCUGAGAUAGAGAAGAGGGGUGGAAUGAUAGGUCCGCAGCAGAUGAUAGGUCCGCAGAUGUGCCUUGUUUAAUAUAAUGGAAUGAUUUGU